CCGCUCCAGGAGAGCAUCCUCGGCGGCGGGCCGGGAGCAGGUCUCCCUCGUCAGCACCUCCUUCGUGCUCAAGGGGGACGCGUCUCACAACCAGGCGAUGGUGCACUGGACGGGCGAGAACAGCAGCGUGAUCCUGAUCCUUACCAAGUAUUAUCAUACUGACAUGGGGAAAGUGCUGGAGAGCUCUUUGUGGAGGUCCUCAGAUUUUGGGACGUUAUACACAAAGUUGAAUCUACAGCCUGGGAUUGCCACUGUUAUUGACAAUUUCUACAUUUGUCCCACCAACAAAAAAAAGAUCAUUCUUGUAAGUUCUUCCCAUAACGACCGUGAACAAAGCCUUUUCAUAAGCACAGAUGAAGGAGCCACUUUCCAGAAACAACCCAUUAAUUUCUUUGUGGAAACUCUCCUUUUUCACCCCAAAGAAGAAGAUAAAGUACUUGCUUAUAGCAAGGAAGGAAAGGUUUAUGUAUCCGUUGACUUGGGGAAAAAAUGGAUCCUUCUGCACGAACAAGUUUCAAAAGAUCAUAUUUUUUGGGCCGUUGCUGGAGUUGACGGAGACUCUGAUUUAGUUCAUAUGGAAAUCCGGGACCCCAGUGGAGGUUAUCGCUACAUCACUUGCCAGAUUCAAAAUUGCUCUGAUAAGACAAUGACAGUCCAGUUUGCUGGUGGCACUGAUCGGGAUUCCCUGACUGUGCAGGAUGACUACAUAUUUCUUCAGACAACAUCAGCAAAUCGGACGAAGUAUUAUGUGUCCUACCGUCGAAAUGGCUUUGUACAGAUGAAGUUGCCAAAAUACGCACUGCCAAAAGAUUUACAGAUAAUCAGUACAGAUGAAAACCAGGUGUUUGUGGCUGUUCAGGAAUGGUACCAGACAGACACAUACAAUCUGUACCAGUCUGACCCUCAAGGUGUUUACUACUCUAUCUUGCUGGAGAAUGUCCGGAGCACAAAGCAGCCAGAAGAGAAUGUCCUGAUAGAUAUUCUGGAGGUCAGAGGUGUGAAAGGAGUCUUUUUGGCCAACCAGAAAAUUGAUGGGAAAGUUACAACUCUGAUAACCUACAACAAAGGCCGUGACUGGGAUUUUCUAAACCCUCCAGACAUCGAUAUGAAUGGCAAACCAACAAACUGCAAACCUCCUGAUUGCUACCUUCACCUGCAUCUCCGCUGGGCGGACAAUCCCUAUGUGUCAGGAACAGUCCAUACGAAGGACACUGCACCAGGGCUCAUAAUGGGGGCAGGUAACCUGGGGUCCCAGCUGGUCGAGUAUAAAGAAGAGAUGUACAUAACAUCUGACUGUGGUAAUACAUGGCGUCAGGUCUUUGAAGAAGAGCACCACAUCUUGUACCUGGACCAUGGUGGAGUUAUUGUGGCUAUCAAAGACACCUCUAUCCCUCUGAAAAUACUCAAGUUCAGCAUAGAUGAAGGCCAGACUUGGAGUACACAUAAUUUUACCAGCACUUCAGUCUUUGUAGAUGGAUUACUUAGUGAACCUGGAGAUGAGACUCUGGUCAUGACAGUCUUUGGGCAUAUUAGUUACCGUUCAGACUGGGAACUGGUGAAGGUGGACUUCAGACCAUCCUUCCCCAGGGAGUGCACGGAUGAUGACUAUGAGUCUUGGGAGCUCACAAAUCUACAGGGGGAUCGUUGCAUCAUGGGCCAGCAGAGGAGCUUUCGAAAGAGGAAGAUUUCAUCAUGGUGCAUUAAAGGGAGGAGUUUCACAUCAGCUCUCACAUCCAAAGUUUGUGAAUGUGUGAACUCUGAUUUCUUAUGUGAUUAUGGGUUUGAGCGCUCUGCACCUCUGAAGUCAGAGUCUAGCAAAUGCUUUGCUGACUUUUGGUUUAACCCAGAAGCGCCUCCUGAGGACUGCGUGCUGGGGCAGGCAUACACCGGCAGCACUGGGUACAGAAAAGUUGUUUCUAAUGUGUGUGAAGGUGGCGUAGACCUGCAGCAGAACUUAGCACAGCAUAUGUGUCCACUGAUUGCUCCCAAAGGACUUCAUAUCAGCAUCAGAGAAGAAAGCCUGACUGUUAAGCCUGGGGAAGACAUCACCUUCAUCAUCAGACAAGAGCAGGGUGAUACAUUGAAUACCAAGUACCAGGUAGAUCUUGGAGAUGGCUUUAAGGCAAUAUAUGUGAACCUUACGAUGACUGGAGAACCCAUCCGUCACCGCUAUGAGAAUCCUGGGAUUUACCGUGUCUCCGUGAAGGCUGAGAAUGUGGCUGGGCAUGAUGAGGCUGUGGUAUUCAUCCAAGUCAACUCUCCACUGCAGGCUUUAAAUUUAGAAGUGGUUCCAGUCAUUGGGAGAAACCAGGAGGUGAACCUGACAGCCAUCAUACUGCCUAAGAACCCUAAUUUGACUGUCUUCUACUGGUGGAUAGGAAACAAUUUUCAGCCACUCCUUACAUUGGAGAGUUUUCUGGUGACAAAAUUUACUGAGACAGGUGACGUCAGAGUUACAGUGCAAGCUUCCUGUGGGAGUUCCAUGCUUCAGGACUCAAAAGUUGUCCAUGUUUUUGAUCAUUUUCAUGUUCUUCCUCUGAAGUUUACUAAGCACCUGGACGUGUACAACCCUGACAUACCUGAGUGGAGGGAAGACAUAGGGCGGGUAGUAACACGACUUCUUGCAAAGGAAACCAAUAUACCCAAAGAAACACUAAUGACGGUUGUGAAACCCGGUCUUCCCACAACUGCUGACUUGCAUGUGCUUCUACCAGCAAACCAACCGAAAAGGAAGAGAAGUAUAACCAGUGAUAAGAGAAUAGCGGCUAUAAAGCAGGCCUUGAACGCACACAACAUCAGUUUCUUUCUGAGGGGAGGAUACUGGGUUUUAGUGACUUUAGCUGACUCCAGUUCAGAGUCUCAGAGGAUUGGAGGAGGCAGUGGCUACUGGGCUAUUGUGGUUCUCUUUGUUAUCUGUCUAGUUGCAGUUGGGGCCUUCAUCCUCUACAAGUUCAAAAGGAAACUGCCAGGCAGAAAUGUCUACGCCCAGAUGCACAAUGAAAAGGAGCAGGAGAUGACAAGCCCUGUUAAUCAUAGUGAAGACACCCAGAACAUCAUCCAGGGUGAGGAGUUUAUUGAUGAUGAUCUGGACUCUCAAACACUAGUGACUCCUUCUGGGAGAAGUGGCAACUUGAACAGCUACAGAGUUCCCUUAUUGCUGAUGCCGGUCAGUGUCCAGUCCCAGGCAGUCACUCAGGCGUGGUUUUGAGCAUCAACUCCAGAGAGAUGCACAGUUACCUGGUUAGCUGAUAUUUACAGCUGAACACAAAAACCGAAAGACUCUUCUCUGUAUCAUUUUAUUUUUCCCUGGUGAUGUCACAAAUUGCAAAUAUGGCUGUAAAUGCUGGUGGAAAGGAUGUUUCUUACCAGUCCCAUGGAAAAAAGCGUCCAUCAUCAGUUACCGAGGGAGAAGGAUAAUAUGUCUUGUGUUCACUCUAUGGCCUAAGAACUCAUUACGAUUGAAACUCAAACUAUGGUAGCAAAUUUGUAGCCCUAGGCACCUUCAAUGCCACCUUAUUUCUUUUCUGUAUAUGCUCUAGUUCUUUAUGUUUAUUUUUAGAAUUAUUGACUGUAACUUUUUAAUUAUAUUUUUAAUUGAGGUAUUCAGCAGAAGGCUGGGACUCUUCAGCCUGAAAAGGUGAUUUUUACACAAGUGACUAGACCAGAACAGAUGGUUGAUUGAUCACAAUGACUUCUUUUAGGAGGCCAAGUGUUUCUGUACUGGGAGAGGAGUGAGCAAGGAGACAAAUGCACUCCUAGUCAAUACAAGCUCUUAACUUAAACAUGUGUGAGACAAUCUAAUGAAUUUAGGCUUAGGCCCCUCUGUGGGUUAAGGGAAGUAAACUGUUAAUUAAGGUAUCUCAUAAUAUAGGGUAAUGGUCUUGUAAGUGUAGCAAGUCUUGACAAACCAUCAGCACCAGUAUCUCCCCCAAUCCCACCAUGUGUGAAAGAAAAACACCAGCUUGAUGCUAUUUCCAGACCAGGUGCCUUCACUUGUGGACAGUCAUUUCAGUUGUUCUCUUGUCUCUUGAGCGAGCACCUCUAGGACAAUGGCAGCUGCCGGAUGAGUUACCCUGUAAAACCCCAUGCUGGUGGCCUGUUUCUUUUUAAAUUUCCAGAGAGUGUAAAUACCUCUUUUAAGUCACUUUCUUUAUAUGGUUAUUUUUUUAAAACUUCCUAUUAGGGCAGAGGUGCUGGGCAGGUCAGAGCUCUUCUCUGGGCACGACUGGGUAGCACACUGCCAUCCCCUUCCCACCUGCAUCCUUCUUUCGGAUUUUCCCUGACUGUUUGCCCUUGCAGGCAGGGGUGGGCAAACUCUGACCUGACCUUCUGUGCUCGGAUAGGUUUGACAAUCCAGUGGGCCAUGGGGAGGAUGGUUUGUGAUUUAGGGGUUCAUAUUUCCCAUCACCACAGGGUGUCACUCAGUCCCUAUUGCUGCUGGCCGCUGUUUCUGCAGGGAAGGUGAUGGGGCUUCUGAAGGAGCUGCCUGUAGAAAGGCUUGUGAGUCAGGUCAGAGUUUCCUAAUCCCAGUUUUGUAAAUUGGGUCAGAGUUUCCUAGUCCCAGCCUCUUCAUCCCUAGGGAAUCAGCAGUGUGGUGAAUCCACACCCUGCUGGUCUUUUCCCUGAGGUUUAUGGAGCCGCGUAGGAAACAGACUGUGAUGUGAUGAGUUUAAGCAUCUGGCAUCCUAUCUCUCCCAGCUGCCUGAGAUUAGGAUGCUUCUCUCAGAAACCUAUAUAAUCUCUUCACUUUUUGCCUUCAAUAGAGAAGAAAUAACUCUUUAUUCACUGAAUGUCACACCAAUGCUAGCGGCAAGCUCACGCACCACCUUGGUUAAGGAGAAUACAGAUAGCUAACUACAUCUUUCUGAAUAAACAAACAGAAAAUAAUGAAUGCUGGUAAACCACAAAAGAAUUGUCUUAAAGUUAUCGUAUGCAUUGGAGUCAUUCUUCCAUGUGGAUAUUGUCAUCAAAUGCACGGAUGGGGAUGCAGUAAUUCAGUGUAGUACUAUAGGCUCUCAUAAACCCCACAAGAUGUAUGUCUAAAGCACAAGAAAAUCUAGAUUAUAAAUUUACUGUAAGGAGCUAGAUGGAAAAGUUAAAGUGAAGAUUCUGAAAAGUGCUUGCAAACUGCUCAGGAAAAUAAUUUCAAAAAUUAUUCUAAAAUUUCUGCCUAUUUAGUUGUAGAGUGCCAUGCAAACUGAUUUAUGGAGAAGCAAUGCUCUAGCUGACUGUUGUAUGCCAGACUGUGUAGAAAUCUAAAUUGUUACAUGUAUCUAAAUCUGGGUUUCUUGAAGAGAAGUGCAAAUACAAAAUCUGUUGUACAUUGGAAACUCUUGAGAUUGUUGCACCAAAGGCUUUCCCUCCUCACCAGCUCUUUAUGCUUUUUCUAGUGGAAAUGAGCUGGAGCAGAGAAUAAAAUAGUAUUGCAAACAGGUUGCUUGUUCCUGUGGUAUAAAUCUGAAGUGGGUUAUUAGCAUAGGGCAGGUGAGUGACAGAUUAGCCUCAUGGACAAGGGAUGGGAUGGAAGUUCUGCUUUGGGGUUGUUGUCCCAUGGUUCGACUGAUUGGAGGACACUGUUGGUACUAGGUCACACAUCUAAUUUAUGCUUUAACAGCUAUAUUCAUACAUUUAAUACAGGGUGACUUGUGUCUCUGAUAACAGGAGUCUUUUGGAGCACUGUCAAAUAUUUAACCGCUUGGUACUCUAAUUAACACUUAGCACAAUAUAGUGCCUGUAAUAGUAUUUUUCAAUGCUUAUUAAUUUGAUUCAUGCAGCACUCCUGUAUGGUUGGUUUGUCUUGUCUUAAAAACACUGUUUUCUAAAGAGAUGUCAGUAUUGCCAUAACUGUAUUAAUAAUACCCAGAAGAUAAUAAAGGAAACCUUUGAUUCCCUGGCAAGAAUAAUUUUAAAAUGAAUUAUUUUAAAACUGAGAAAAUAUCAUUAGCAUUUUCCCAUUCAUGGUGUCUUGGUUUGUCUUUAAAUGAAAACUCUUACUAGAACUACAUUUCAAAUCUGUUGAACUACAUCUAUGACAUCUUAGCAUUUUAUCCUUUAUAUGUAUCUAAAUGCUGAUACAUAUGCAUACAGAAACACAGAGUUGUUUCUAUGCACAGAUGCUAGUCACAAAUGCACCUGCACACACACAUGCAGCAUUUUGACAUAUUCCAGUUUAAAUUGUAAAUGAGAAAGGGUAAUUUCAUGGCUAAGAAACAGAAGAUGGCUGUCAGAUAUCUGGAUUCUGUACCCAGACUUUGAUCAAGUUACUUAACCUGUAUGUGCUUCAGUUUCCCCACCUGUAAAAUGGGGCUGAUAGUAACUAUCUGCCUCACAGGGGUAUUGUGAGGCUAAAUGAAUUACUGUUUGUUCAGGAUCUUCAGAGUGAAUUUUGUGAGCAUAAAUUAUUAGUAGUUUCACUGUCUUUGUUUUACUUGUAAUUAUCACUGUUAUUAAAGAUAGUCUACUGAAACCAGCAGAAAUUAUGUAUAAAUGUAAAAAAUGAGAAAUCCAAAAAAAGUACAUCGCUUGGAAAAAAAAAAAAAAAGGCAAUUUUAUGUAUUAUUUAAAAACUGUUAUUGGAACAUAUUGUUACAUGGUAGCAUUGCAAUAUUGGCUAUGAUUUUGCUGUUACACACUAGUAUCUUAAACUUACUUUCUGCAGUGUUAUUUGGUCAAAAGCCUUGUAAUAAUGGGUACAGUGAUACUUAAUAACAUUGAUAUUGAGCUAUACUGAAACCAACAAAACUGGCGGUGUAUUGGCCUCAUUUACAUCUUUUGCCCUUCUUAAACUCUGAUGUAUUCACAAUUUCUAAAACACUCUGUACUUUUCACAGUGCUCCAAGCAGUACUGAUUUGAAUCAUUCUAACAGAGCCAUCAAGAUUUACAGAUGUUGUCUUUGAUUUCCCUUUUGACAUGGAAUGUUUUAUAUGGCUUUGGAGUGUCCCAUCCAUAUAAAGUGCUCAGAAAUGCUCAGAAGACAUUUAGGGAAAAUUCACACAUAGUGUAAAUUAAUUUGUCAAAAAUAAAAGCAAUAUAAACCAAUGUAUAUUUUCAUACCCUGUAGGAGAGGGUGGUGGAAAUGGCUGUGAAGAAAUAGGAGGUACCAGCCUGAGGCAAGAUGUUGUUAUUAUCUCCAAUUCACAUCCAAUUUCUCUGAACUCUUUUAGGAUAUUCUCAUUGAAUCAUAUAUUUCUUGAUGAGUUUUCUGCUUUUGAUGACCAGUAUAAAAAGGAGUAAAGUGUUUAUUCAUAUAAAGUAGAUGAUUUGUUAAAUUACUGUCCUCUGGACAGACAGAGAUAAAUCAGUGCUGUGCCAUUAGUAGUUCCUAGUGCAAAGCAGAUUUCAUCUGACAUGAUUAUGAUGGUUAGCUGUGGUUUAGGUCCAAUGAGACAUCCCUUUAGUCAGAAUACUCUACUACUGUAUGCUGUCUCUUUAAUAGAGAUUAGUAAAGCUGAACUGCAGUGGUUUCCAUCCUCCUUACACAAAUACAUGUUUAAAGAAAUGCAGGGGUGUUUUUUUAUUUUUAAGAAAUUAAAUACAUGCAUUUGUUUGCAGUAACUUUUUAAUGAUGAACUAGUGGUUCUGAUAAGCUUUGAAUUUCUAGUGUUAUUUCAAGUUGAAUACAAAGUUGCUAAGUUGAUAGAAUUGAUGAGAAUUUCAGUUGUAGAUUUUUCCUGUUUCCUAUAAAAAAAUGUUUUGUAAUUUUUCAUUAAUGACACUUUGGGGGGGAAAGAGAGGCUAAAAUAUUUACUUCACUGCACAGACCCUAACAGUUGAAGUUGCUAUUAUAUAUUCAUUGAUACUGCUGUAUUGUUUCUAUCUUCAUUUUUAUUUUAGAGUUUUAGAUGAAAGUCAGUGCACAUUUCUCUCAAAAUAUUGGCUUUCCACCAGGAAGAAAUUUAUAAGCAUUUACCUUUAUAAAUAUUGAUUUUUGAGAUGCAAAAUUUUGUCGUGUUUUCAAAGUCCAUCCAAAAACCUGCUUCCUGGCUCAUUUUCUCUAUUUUAGUCCCAACUGUACAUUGCUUCUACAACUUUCUUUACAAGACUGAAACAUAGCCUAAUCUUACUAGUCUGAGACAGUCUUUCUAAAUCUUCCAUUAGAAUAGCAUCUAGUUGCCUAGAAGUAGUUACAGGAUCUGCACAGAUAACUUUCUUAAUGUUAAGUCUGUAUUUUCAAGUUCUUUAUUUCCUUUUGGUAUUAGGUCUCUCAGUGCCAUUUAAAUGUGUGUUUAUUUCUGUCAUGGAUAUAUAUGUAAUGUUUUUCACCUAUUUUCAGACUCUAAUCAUCAAAGUGACAAAUUCUGAAAUAACUCAGACUCCCAGUUAUCUUUUUCGAUUAAAAGCCUAACCCUGCAGGCUUUGGGAAAUGUCCAGCUGUGUACUCUUAAUUUUUUAAUCUGCUUUUCUAAAUCAGCCCUUCUACCUGAUUGAUCAUCUUGGCAGUUUUUCCUCCAAUUCUUUUUGUAACCUCAAGCUGGAGGGAGCACAGAAGGAUUUCUCAAUGUCAAGAUGGACUAGAGCAGCUCACUUCCCAAAUCUGAAUGGGAAUGUCAUAUGGACAGUUUUUAUUUUUCCUUUCUUUUCAAGUGUGUUGCAUAGAGCAGAGGGGAUGAUACAUAACAUCAGGGAAAUAAGGACCUGUAAUGGUACUUCAAGGUGGUGCGAAGACUAAAGAAUGCAUUCCUCUUAGAAUUUUUUUUUUUUUCUGAAAUAGAUACAUACAGCAAGUUAGUUUCAUGAUUCUUAAUAUGUGGGUUCUCAUUCCUUUAAGUCUUCAGUCCCCGCCUUUUUCCUCCUGUUGAAUGCAGUAGCAUAUUACUUAAAAUAUGAAUUGUGGAGGCAUGUAUGACUGAAUGAAGGAUUUUCAUUCUUUCCAUCUCUUCAUUUUCCUUAUGUGAAGCUUGUCAGUAUUACUAUUUUCAGCUAGUUUAUGUGCUGGUAGCUGAGAUGUUCUUCUGAAAGACAAUAUCUAAGAGAAGCAAUACUAGAAGUCUUAGAAAUAUGCACUCUGCAGUGCAAUGAUAAAACUAUGUGAACAAAAUCAUUAUCAAAGAGCUGUUAUGGUUUGUAUUAAAAGUGUUUUUAAUAAUAUCUCUAAAAAUACAUGUUCUUAACUGCAUACUCUUUGUGUCUCUCUCUCCUUCCAGAUUGAUUUUCUUUUAGGAGUGACAUUUAUUAACCCUGAAAAAAAUGGGCUCUUUCACUUACUCAAGUAAUUCUGUUUAAAAUUAUUUCCUUGGAACACUUGAAAGCGUUACACAAACUUGAGCUUUAUUGAUCAGACUUGAUUUCUGAGUUUCUGUAGAAUUUGUGCCUUUACACUGAUUUGUUGCAAUACAGUGGACAUAAAGCCCUGUUGGGCAACAAUAAUACAUGCAGUGGUACAUAGUGCUACUUAAAUAACAUGACUUUAUUGCAUAUAUUUUUAAUGGUAUAAUGAGUAUAUUAAUCACCAGGAAGGCCCGGAGUUCCAAAUAAAUUUCUUAGCAUGUCAUAUAUUUCUAUGUUAUUUGUUGUUAAUUUUAGCCAGCUUUUGAUACUUGUAUUUAGUUCUUAUUGACAGUGUCUGCUCUUGCACAUCAAAGGACAAGAAUUAGCUUAUUCUCUCUUUUUUUUUUUUUUUUUAUUUUUAAAAAAGUCUUAAUUCACAGCAUUUGCUUAUUAAUUGAAGCAGUUUAAAAAGGAAAUCUUUCCAAAAUGGCGAAAGAGAUGCUUUUUAAUGAGAACAGCUCGUAUAGUAAAACAGCAGACUUCUUUCCACACAGUUUUUGAGGCAUCCUUGUUACAGAUUUUGAGUAGGCAGGACUAUGCAGAAGGAGAAGUGUACACUCCAAACAUCAGUAACAUGCCCAUAGGCAAUUUGCAAAUUAUAAAACUAGUCUAAAGGAGAAUAUUUUAAUAUACCACUUAUAUGUCCCAGAUUCACAGAAGGGCAUUUAAAUAGUUAAGAUUACAGAAUAUCAUCAUAAGCAUAGGAAGAUGCCCAAUUCACUGGCUUCAUUUGCUCGUAAAUACACUUGUCUCUUGGGAUUAAUCUUCUGAAAUGCUGAAAUAUUCAGAUAAGUGGCAUGCAUUAUUUAAUGUUUCCAACUUUUUGCUAAGUAAUUGGUGACACUUCAUACAAAAAAUUUUUUGAAUUUCCAUUCUCUUCUGUUUCUCCUCAUUUGUUCCUCCCUUCCUUUUUUUGUACAUUUAUUCUUUUUAAUUUUUGCUGCAGUUUGUUGCUCUGCCUUGCCUGCCUCCUCCUCCUGAUGACAGUUCUCUACAAGUUCAAAGAAAGUUCCUUGCUUUUUGUUUUGCUUUAUAUUCUGUUUUCAUCUGUGUUUUUAUUUGGAUACGAGCCUUACUGUGUCCUGAGUGAUAAGAAGAAGAAUCUCUUCCCCAUACCUUUCUCUCCUCUGAGCUCUGCUAUAUUAUCUGCGUUGAUAUAUGUGCUUUGUCCCACUGUAGUCCAUCCUUCCUGUGUCUUUCCCACUUUUUGUUCAUUUAAUCCAUUCACUUUUAAUUUUGGCUGUCAUUUUCUCUAAAUCUUUCUGGAACCCUUCCCCUUUGCCCUUCCAGGAUUUCUCUUAGCUGCUUGUCCCAGAGAGCACAUACCUCUAGUCUGAGAUGUGGAUGAGUGUUUUAUUCCCUGUAAGAAUAAGUACCUAGCAUUUUCCUCUCUCAUCCAUGUAUAGGUUGACCUUGCUCUUGGUUUGUAGUGAAAAACCAUAUAUUUAAUUGACAGUCAGCUAUGGCCGUUAUCUCCCAAAUGCUGCCUCCUGCCUCGUUUUGGGUUAUGGGGAUGAGACAUGGUGUUUGCAUGAAUUUUCUGGAGCACAGCAAGGGCUGGCUUGCUUUACUAGCCAUUCAAUCUGGCAGGUACAGAAUUGCAUCAGGGUUGGGCAGAGACACCUUGCCAGACCAUUGAACUGCAUUUGUAUUUCAGUAUGGGAAAUACUGAGGCCCAAGCUUGUACACAGCCAUUUAAAUUCAUUGAUACAACAUGAAGCUGAAGAAUAAAUGAAGUUAAGAGGGCCCAUUCCUAACAGGUGCAGGAACAGGGAUCAUUCCUCUUGGGAGCAAUUUGACUUGUCAGGUUUGUGGGACAGGUCUAUAUGCAACCCUUCCUAGAGGCAGAGGCAAAUGGCUUGCUUUCAAAUUCCAUAAAAUACAAGAUUAAGCACUCAUCAGAUAGGUUAGGCAGAAUAUUCUUGUUGGAGAAGCUUGUAGAAGUUGAUGGGAAUAAGAUAAUUGAAAAGCUCAGCAGUAUCUUUGAAGGUUAGAGCCUGUGUUAGAGAGGGAGCAUACGUGAGAGAGGUACAGGAGGGAAGGGAGUGCAAGACUAAACAGGACAAAGAAAAGCAGGGAGAAUGUGAUUCCAGUGUGUAUGGUUUUGCCACGAGUUGUUGAUUUUGUUUUGAUUAAGCUUUGGAGCUUACUUUAAUUUGUAAUGGCAACUAUUUUCAGUUUUCUUGGUUGCAUGCAGAGACUUUAAACCAUGAGUCUAAACUGAUGCACUAACAGGAGCAUGUGAAAUUAUUAGCAUUUCUACCUAUAAUUUAAGAGGGAUCUGACUCACAGCAAAGUCCCACUAGAGGUGCAUGGAAAAGAGGUUGCUUCCCAGGAGCCAGGAUGUAUAUAUGUGCGCUCCAGAGGUAGCUCUAAUGUAGAUUUAAUUCUGAGAUGAUUGUAAGGCAUUUGCUAAUGGUAUUCCUCCUUACCAAAUCACCAACAUAGGAGGCAAGGGAGAAGCAUUAUUUUAUAGGGUCUGUGUCUUGGAUUUAUACUGCUUAAAUAUAAUUUGCUAGGAACCUAUGAGCUGUAAUUUUAUAAUGUUUAGAGAGGAUGAAUGGAGUUGGUAUAGUAUUCCUGAGGGUAAACACCAGCCACUGGAUUUUUCUGAACAUGACUAGAAAUUUUAAUUUUAGGAACACAGAGUUCCUCCAUUUCAUAUGCACACUAGGCAUUUGAGUACAGCUCCUUUUUUUAAUUCAUCACUGACAAGCUGUGAUUUAUUUCCUCAUGGGUCAUGGGCUGUACUUCCUGCAGUGCAGACGUCUCUGGAGGGAAAAUGUUAUCAAAUGGAGAAGCAUACUUAAAUUCUCCCCUCUUGAUCCCAGUCUCUUCUGAGCUACUUUUCUCUGAUUGUGGUUCUGCCAGUAAGCUGGGUUGAUGUCAAAAGGGGAUUCAUGCAUUUUUAUCCUCUUCUGUGUGGCUGAGAAAAAAAAAAAAAUGCAAGAAAAACUUUGCAGAGGAAUAGCUGAUUGGAAGAAGUGGGGCACUUCAUCAGCUGGCAGCGUACUUUGGGAAUUUUCUACUUUUGUGCUUUACUUAGUGAUUAUGUUUACAAAUAUGUACAGCUACUGUGAUUUACCUUUCCAUUAACCAUAUAUAUAUUUCUCUGCAAAAGGGGAGGUCGUUCUAAAGAAUGUCGCACUAAUGCACUGCAAGCGUGAUUUUAGGAGACAUCAACUACCUGCCCUUCCUCACCUAAAUGAAAUUACCAUAGUAUCAUUGCUCUGUAUUUAUGAAGCUGCCCUAGGAAUAUCAAUUCACCCUGGAUUAAGUAUUGGAGAAAGAUUUGGAGAGAUAAUGAGAAUUGGAAUGGGAGAAUUUUCUAUUUUAAGAGUAAAGGAUGAAUACUGGCAUGUUUACAGUGCAUCUGGGGCUGUUUCUGCACAGGUGGGUCCAAAAUCUCCAGACUCAGACAGAUAAAUCAUAUAGAUAUUGUUGUCAUUAUCCAUGUGAAAAAAAAAAAAAAAAUUGGUAAUGAAACCAAGCCCAAUUAUUUUGGCUAAUCAGAGCUACAGCUCUUGAUAAAUACAUAUAAAAAUCAAAACUAGACUUGACAUACUCCUUGUGAAAACUCACAAAGCAUUUCUUGCUACCCCAUUGUUCAUGUGGAGCAUUGUUUAUUUGUCACUGCAGGGCCAAAUUCUACCCUAAUUUAUGACCAUGCAGUUCCACAGACAUUGUCAGUUCAGCUUUGUGUUAUGGAAGAAAGGUGCUCACCCAUGACAAAUUUGAAAUGCAGCUGCAGGCUGAAAUUGCUCAUCAUCUUACACAUCUGUACUCACCCAGGUGACCAGCUGAUUUUCACCUGCAAUUCUUAUUUCUGUGGCUAUCAUGAGAGUACUUUAAAUAGCUGUAAGCUUAUUACAGCCAAGGUAGAACUUAGUUUUUGAACUACUUGCAACUGCUUUUCCAGAAUAUGAUCAGCAAAUGCUUAACACUGUUUCUAAAUGGAUUUCUAACAAAGGGGCCCUUCCAAUCCAUGGAAAGGCUCUUAGCAGUCAUCAGUAUGCUACAGUUCAUACCUUCAACAUAUGUGACUACGCAGUCCUCUCCUUCUACCUUUGCACAUUCUAGUAUUGUGAAAACAGUACAUGCCUUUUCCUAAUUUUGAUUCAGGAGACCUUGACUUUCAGCAGGUUUCUUUGUAUACGGUAUCAGGGCUCAAGGGAAGAAUUAAAUUAAUCCAUAACUGGUGCAUUGUCAUAAAUGGGAAAAAGUGUUUUUUGUAUAUUUUUGUAAAUAUGUAACAUUUAAUGGCAGUUUUGUAGUGAUGUGAUGGUUUUGAGAAAAAAAAAAAAAUCAAAUAUAUGUUUGAAUAUACUUAAUGUGACACUUAACUGUGAUUCAAUUGCACAAUUAAUAGCUUAAUCAAAAGUCUUGUGCAAUAUGUAGUUCACACACAUAACCAAGUAUCUGUUAGUGAUCCACAACCAAGUUUUUGUCAACUUUUAACGAUGGUGAUGAGCUGUGCAGUACAGAUUAUCACGGUCUCUUUCAGCUUCCAAACAUGUAGCAGGCAAACUACUGUAUACGUACCUGUGUACUCCACUGCAUCCAAAGGUAUGCAUUUGUCCUGAGAACCUGCACUACAGGUUUUUCUUUAAUAAAAUUUGUUCUAAACUA